AUGACUUCUCCAACAAUUCAGAAAGAUAUUGUGAGUGCAUGUAAAAUAGAAAUCGUUAAAGCUAUUCUUAAGAAAUUAAAUGGUGACUACUUUUCCUUACUAGUUGAUGAAUCUUUUGAUGUGUCACGCAAAGAGCAAAUGGCUAUUGUAUUGCGAUAUAUUGAUAGGAUGGGAUUUGUGAUGGAGCGACUUAUUGAUAUUGUUCAUGUUCAAGAUACUAGUGCUUUAUCUCUAAAAAGGGCAAUUGUUAAUUUACUUGCUCAACAUUCCUUGAGUCUAUCAUCUGUGCGUGGAAAAUGUUACUAUGGGGCAAGUAAUAUGCAAGGUGAGAUCAAUGGUCUUAAAAUAUUGAUUAAGCAAGAAAGUAGAUUGGCUCAUUCUAUCCAUUGUUUUGCUCAUCAACUUCAACUAACUUUUGUUGGAGUCUCUAAAAAGUGUAUUGAAGUGGGAAAACUUGUAGUAUUGGUCCCAAAUAUUUUGAAUGUGUUGGGAUCUUCUUUUAAGUGUAUGGAUGAACUUCGAGAUUCUCAAAAAGACAAAAUUCAAGAGACAUUAGAUAUGGGUGAAAUUACUAUCGGUAGGGGCUUGAAUUAA